GAAAAGCUUUUAUGGAAAUUUGCGAUCGAGAUGAAAAAAGACCAGAUGGUCGCAAGGAAUCAGCUGAUUAUUCAUGACUUACUAUACGUUGAAGCAUCUUUAAGAUAGUGAACACAAUAUUUUGGUCACUACCGUUCCAAAGAAUUUGUCAAGUUUGACGCUUCACAGGCAACCAUGUUGUUGACUGCUCACAGUGUAAAAUAUUUUCCCGCCGGGCGUUUGUUUAUGCUGUGGUCUUUUGUUUCGCUGUGGUACUUCACUUCAUGUUCAUCUCCAGAAUUUUGCGACAAAGAUGGCUGUUCUGGGAUCAUUGGAAAAGGCCACCUGAAACGUUUUGGUGAACACAGACCAUCAGAAGGUGAAAUCACAAGCUUGAAAUAUGCUCCAAGUGGCGUUGACUUCUACCACAACUACAUUCAGAAAAGGAAACCCGUGGUUAUCAGGAAUGGUGCUAAUCACUGGCCUGCUGUACAGCUAUGGCAAAAUGAAUCCUAUCUGACAUCAAAUUUUGGAUCUGACAUUUUUACUGUGGAAUAUCGGAAGAAAUUCAAGAAUGAACAGCCGCUCAGGAAACCGCUAUCAUUUGGGGAAUUCCUGAAAAUAUAUAAAUCUGAUGAUGUUUACCUCGAUUCUUCAUUCUCGCCAAACAGUCCUAUGUUAAAUGACAUAAUCCUGCCUUCAGUUUUAAACUGCCAUGAGAUAUCGUCAUCAAUUGAUAGCCUUAAUUUAUUGUUUAAUAGCGGUGAUGCCAAUUCAGCCUUCCAUCAUGAUGGAUUGGAGAAUAUUCUUACACUCAUCUCUGGCACAAAGACUGUGUACUUGGUUAAUAGCACAUACAGCAAGGAUCUUUACGCUGAUAAGUUUACCAUUGUCCCAGGAGUGUUGUCGAUUGAUCCAGAGAAGUUAGACUUGGAGACUUACCCAACACUAGCAGAUGUGCCUUAUUAUGAGGUAACUUUGAAUAAAGGUGACAUGCUGUAUAUUCCUCAGUACUGGUGGCACUUUGUCCGGUCAUACAAUGCUCCUAAUAUUGCUCUCAAUGUCUGGUUUGCUAUAUUCAACUUUGAGCAACAAUUUCGUGAGGCUGGGAUCUCUGAAGAUACAGAUGUGACGAAGGUAACAGAGCUGUUUGACAAGCUUGUGCAGGGUGAACCAGACAAGAUUCAAUGCCAAGAGGAGAAGCACGCCUUGAACGCCAUUCUGAAAAUCAAUGCCAGUGACCCCAGCAGUGGACCGUUAAGGAUUCCAAGACAAAAUGAGAGACCAGCAGACAUCAAACUUGCAAGUGGAUACACAAUGCCAGUAAUGGGAUUUGGUACAGCUACUCUGAUGGAAAACACAACGGCUGCUGUUAAAACAGCGCUUGAAGUUGGCUACAGGUUGAUAGACACUGCCCAAGGAUAUUAUAACUCAGAGCCCCAAGUCGCUGAAGCCAUUGCACAGAGUGAAAUUCCUCGAUCGGAAAUAUUUAUCAUGACCAAGCUACAUCCCAGAUUUUUAGGAUAUGAUACAACUUUAGAAGCAAUUGAGAUGUCUCUGAAAUCUCUGAACACAGACUACAUUGAUUUGUUUCUAAUACACUCUCAACAGUGUGAUGACUUUCUUCUGACCUGUAAAGAAGAACCAAAAGGAACCUGGCAAGAGAGCUGGAAAGCAAUGGAAGAAAUGCAGAAGAAAGGAAAGAUUCGCAGCCUGGGCGUAAGCAAUUUUUAUCUUCAAGACCUGGAAGAACUAGUUAAGCUUGCCACAGUACCAGUGUCGGCAGUUCAAAACUGGUUUGACCCGUUUCAUCAAGACCGUCGGGUUAGAGCGUUCUGUGAUGAACACAAUAUUCGGUACAUUGGUUACUCUACUCUUGGAACUCAAUGGGUCUACUUCCACGGUUUGCAAAAGAAUCCCGUUCUAACGUCUUCGCUGAUUUUGGAGAUCGCCAGUCAUUACGAGUUUGUCGCUUCUCAAGUUGUCCUUCGUUGGGCGAUUCACAUGAACGUGACAGUCAUACCAAGAUCCAAGAACCCUCGAAACAUUUACUUGAAUUUCCGAGCGCUGGACUUCUCUCUGAAUGACGAUGAAAUCACGUAUUUUAACAAUAUCACUGACUUUGAAUAUCACCCUCUGGAACAGAAGAUGGAGAAAGGAAUGGCUUGCGCAAACAAGCAUUCAAACUGUGAGCAGUGGGCAUCCUCUGGUGAAUGUCAAGCAAACCCAGACUGGAUGCUGAUUAACUGUCAAAAGAGCUGUGGACUGUGCUAUGACGAGGACCCCAGCGGUGAUUCGUUAGUCGAACCACUCGUUUUCGUGGGUUCUGAAGAUCACAACAUGUACGCACUAAGCGCCGCAAACGGAAACGUCAUCUGGAAAUACCGAACUCUUGGCAAGAUCCUGUCAUCUGCGGCUCUCAGCCAGGACGAAGAGAUUGUUUACUUUGGUUCCAACGAUGGCAACGUGUAUGCCCUUGCUGCGGCCGAUGGUUCUCUCGUUUGGAAAGUGAAGACCGGAGGUGCUGUCGUGGCAAGCCCAACCGUGGCUGUGGACGGAACAGUUUAUGUCGGGUCCCAGGAUAAAUUUGUCUAUGCGCUGGAUAGCAAAGGCGAGUUCGCUUUGUGGACUACAAAUCUUCAGUGUCCCAUAUGGGGUGCUGUUACAGUAGACAACAAACGAGGGCUGUUAUUCACCGGGUGUGCCUCGGAUAAAUCGAACACUUCGGACUCACGGGACGCAUCUCAUAUUUUCGCCUUAAACGCUAAGUCGGGUGAGAUCGUUUGGAAGUUCGACAGUGCCGGAAGCGUUUAUGGCUCACCCGCUCUCCUGCCCGGCGGUCGCACCGUCUUCUUUGCUUCCCUAGACCAUAACAUCUACGCUCUUGACCGCGAAACUGGUAAGCUGUACUGGUCAUGUGACACGGGUUCUGAAGUGGAGUCUUCUCCAGUGGUGAGUAAGUUAGAUGGCACACUGUACGUCGGCUUGAUCAAGGAUCAGUUGAUUGCUGUCGAUACCAUCGAUGGACCUUUGGCGGGAAAAAUCAAGUGGACAGUGAAUACUGGCGGGGAGGUGGUGUCGUCACCUGUUAUCACUGAGGAUGGGAGGGUGAGUAAGAAUAAUUAAUUGGCCUGUGUCAAGAACGAUUAUAUCCUGCAAUGUACCACUAUUGGCUUGUAUUUAGAAUGAGCUCAAAUCCUCUAGCGAUUAUAAUCCCUCUUCUGUGGGAGGCGCUAUGACCUAAUGCUUAGCGCGCUCGUCUCCGGAUUGAGUGGCAAUGAUAUUUUAUGUCAUUGCAGUAUGCUUGGACUCGUAAUGUCCAUUUAACGACCGCACUGGAUAUUGUUUUACUAUGCGGUAUUCUUGUAUGUAUAAGUAAUUUUUGAGUCUCGUAUUGUUACCCCCACCCCAAAAAAAGAGGUUUUACGAACGGAAAAUAGACCAAUUUUCAGCCUAACACAAUAGACCUCAGUACGAGGCUGUGGGAAUAACUACAGAGUUUGUGGGGCUUAUUCCCCAAAGCCUCGUACUGACGUCUAUUGUUUUAGGCUGAAUUUCGUUCGAUUAUAAUCCUCGUUCCCCUCCCCCUCCUCCCUCGUGAAAAUCAUGCCAGUCAAGAAGUCUUUUGGACAUUA